GUGGCUGCGGCGGGGGCGGGGGCCUAUACCAGCUCCAGAGGAUACCGAGGGAGGGGAGGGGCAGGAGGGCCCCGGGGCUGGCAGGUCACACCAGGCCUCGCGUCCACCUGUCCGCUUGAUCUCGCUCCUGCGGGUCAACAGGGCCUGCGUCAGCCCGGCCCAUGGCGGCGUCGGCGGCUUUGUCGGCGGCUGCGGCGGCGGCGGCCCUGUCGGGCCUGGCAGUGAGGCUGUCGCGCUCGGCCGCGGCCCGCACUUCUUACGGCACCUUCUGCAAGGGGCUCACGCGCACGCUGCUCACCUUCUUCGACCUGGCCUGGCGGCUGCGCAUGAACUUCCCCUACUUCUACGUCGUGGCCUCCGUGAUGCUCAACGUCCGCCUGCAGGUGCGGAUCGAGUGAGCGCCGGUGGCCACCGCGGCCGGUCCGGAGCGUC